AUGGAUGCCCAGAACAUGGAGGUCGCUGCUCUGAUCGAGAAGAUCGCCGGUCUCCAGGCCGCCAUCGCCGAGCUGCCGUCGCUGAGCCCGUCCCCCGAGGUCGACAGGCUCUUCACCGACCUCGUCACCGCGUGCGUCCCGCCGAGCCCCGUCGACGUGACGAAGCUCAGCCCGGAGCACCAGGGGAUGCGGGAGGCGCUCAUCCGCCUCUGCUCCGCCGCCGAGGGGAAGCUCGAGGCGCACUACGCCGACCUGCUCGCCACCUUCGACAACCCGCUCGACCACCUCGCCCGCUUCCCCUACUACAGCAACUACGUCAACCUUAGCAGGCUGGAGUACGAGCUCCUGGCGCGCCACGUGCCGGGCAUCGCGCCGGCGCGUGUCGCCUUCGUCGGCUCCGGCCCGCUGCCGUUCAGCUCCUUCGUCCUCGCCGCGCACCACCUGCCCGACGCGCACUUCGACAACUACGACCUGUGCGGCGCGGCCAACGAGCGCGCCAGGAAGCUGUUCGGCGCGAGCGAGGACGGCGUGGGCGCGCGCAUGAAGUUCCACACGGCGGACGACGUCGCCGACCUCACGCAGGAGCUCGGCGCGUACGACGUGGUCUUCCUCGCCGCGCUCAUCGGCAUGGCGGCCGAGGAGAAGGCCAAGGUGAUAGCCCACCUGGGCGCGCACAUGGUGGAGGGGGCGUCUCUAGUCGUGCGGAGCGCGCACGGCGCUUGCGGCUUCCUGUACCCCAUCGUCGACCCAGAGGACAUCAGGCGGGGCGGGUUCGAGGUGCUGGCCGUGCACCACCCCGAAGGUGAGGUGAUCAACUCUGUCAUCGUCGCCCGUAAGGCCGUCGACGCGCAGCUCAGUGGGCCGCAGAACGGAGCACGGGGCGCGGUGCCGCUGGUCAGCCCGCCAUGCAGCUUCUCCACCAAGAUGGAAGCGAGCGCGCUUAAGAAGAGCGAGGAGUUGGCCACCAAAGAGCUGGCCUUCUGA